AUGUUGCCAUUCCUAGCACCGUACCUUUCGAACCCGCGCCAAACUCUCUCCCAAGUCCUCAACUUUGCCCUAGUUCUAUCGACGGCUUUCAUGCUAUGGAAAUCUCUCUCGGUCAUUGCAGACUCUCCCUCACCGAUAGUCGUGGUGCUUAGUGGUUCUAUGGAACCGGCUUUCCAGCGAGGUGAUUUGCUUUUCCUGUGGAAUCGAGACACGACUGCGGAAGUGGGAGAAAUCGUGGUAUACAAUGUGAAGGGCAAGGACAUUCCAAUCGUCCAUCGUGUCGUUAGGAGUCAUGCCCCUGCAGCCGCUGUCCAAGCCGAUAAGAGUGGCCACCUGUCUCCCUCUUCUCCAAAGCUCCUGACGAAAGGUGACAACAACAUCGCCGAUGACACUGAACUCUACGCGCGCGGACAGGUCUAUCUGGAUAGAAAAGAAGAUAUCAUUGGUAGCGUCCGCGGAUAUGUGCCGGCGGUCGGGUAUGUUACCAUCAUGCUCAGCGAGCAUCCGUGGUUGAAGUCUGUCAUGCUUGGAAUCAUGGGCGUGAUGGUCAUUUUGCAGAGAGAAUGA